AUGGCCAGCGGAGUCGAGAUGGAUAGAUCAUUCCCCACCCACCUUUACGUCUCCUACACAUGGGCUCGUCGAGGCACAGCGACACCGGCCACUGGUCUCAAUUACCUUCAUAACACUUCCAACAAAGGAAGAAAAUCUAAUCACUCACCUCUUAAAAUGGAACCGAGUGACGCUUACAAG